UCUCUCUAUCCAUGGCUACUCAAAGCUUCAACCAGUUCCCUUCAUACCCUGAGAUGAUUUAUGAAGCCCUUGAUGAACUAAAUCAAGAAGGGGGUGCAAACAAGUCAUCGAUAACUAAGUACAUUGAAACAAAGUAUGGAGAUCUGAAUGAGGAUCUUUCAAAGAUGCUGCCUUUACAUUUGGACAACAUGAAGCAAACUGGAGACCUGAUUUUCCUCAAGAACAAUUACAUGAAACCUGGUCCAGAUGUUCCAGCAAAGAGGGGUCGUGGUAGGCCACCAAAACCCAAAGCUCCAUUGCCACCUGGUGCUGUUGAAUCUGUUGAAUCUGCGCCACCAAAGCCAAGAGGGCGCCCAAGAAAAGACCCUAAUGCACCACCUACUUCCAAGAAGCCAAAGCCAGCACCUGUUCCUGGAGGUCCCAAUUCAACAGAUCUUGGUUCUACUACUGGGAGGCCUAGGGGUAGACCUAGGAAAGUUAGGCCACAGCCUGCUCAUGAUGAUGAUGAUGAUGUUGAGGAAAGCUGAAAACUUUAAGGCUUGUUAUUGGACUCUUGCUGAUGGUGAUGACUCUAAUGACUUAGUUGUCUUAUUAUCCUCUUUUUUUUAGGUAUUAGUAGUAUUAUCUUAUGUAAUAGUUUUCAGUUUGAGUUGCCCUAGUGUGACUAGGGGGUCAUGGUUUCAGAGCUAAGAUUGCGUAGAAUAGACUAAUUGUGGUCUCGGUUAGAGUUAUUGUUAUGUGACUAGGAGGUCAUGGUUUACAGUGUGCAAUAGACUAAUUGUUGUGGUCCGGUUCUUUCCUGAACCCCGCACAUAGUGUUAGCUUAGUGCACUGGUCUUUUUUAUUAGUAUUGUUUUCUUGCUUAAUGCCCCUAUUAGUUCUAGUAGAUGUGGUUAUAAGUUGUUAGGGGAUUGUGUACUUGUGUUAACUCUUUGUUUCAAGAUUCACUGUGUAAUUGUUGCACUUUUCACUAUGUUGAUGCUUCUUUUUGUUAACUCUUGUCUCUUUACUAA